AUGCCUGUGCCGUACGAUCGAAAAACGCUGGAGAAUAUGAAGCGCAGUGACCUCCAGAAGAUCUGCAAGGAUCACGGCAUUAAGGCAAAUCUUAAAUCGGAAGCACUCGUGGAUCUACUGCUGGACACCCAGCAGCCUCCGAAGCCCGUUAACCGUGCACCGGAACCUAAACGGGCCUCUUCGCUAAGGGUGGUCAGUCGGUCUACCACAGGAUCUCGUAUGCGCUCUGGUGGCACCGUUAUUGUCCACGACACCGACGAGGAAGAGGACCAAUUGGCAGGUUCUAACGAGGAGCAGGAACCUGCACCUCUGGAAGCAUCUGCCGUGCCUACGUCCCGAACCCGAAAGGCAAAGGAGACGCAGUACAGAUUAGGCGUUGGGCGCCCAGUUACUGCCGGAGGUACAGGUCCUCGUGCAAUCACGAAAUCUGUGAGCGUGUCGAGAGAGAAGCGAAUAAAAGGCAGCAGAAGUGUGAAGCCCUCGGAAGAGGCGAUUCGGGAGGAAGAUGAAGAAUUAGACGAUGCUGCAGAAGCCGGUCCUUCGAAUUCAACUAUUACUGGUUCCUCAAUGCAGACCGCCACAGUGGAUGUGCCACCAGUCUCUGAAGGAGUCUCUGAGCAAGUGAAGUCUCAUGUCUCUCAAGUAAUUCAUCCGUUGCAGGAUCACAUCCGGACACUCCAGGCAGAUCUGCAACAAGCGACUAUCCAGUCGGCUGAAGUACCAGCCAUGAAAGCAAAAGUUGACGCCCUCAUUGCGGAAGUUGAAUCACUGCGCGCGCAAGUUACUCUCACAAACGAACUCAGGGCAGAAGUUGCGAUGUUGCGAGGAACUAUGUCGGCAAUGAACAUAUCGCGCGAGAACGAUGCUUAUUCGAGGACGCAGUCGGAGAAAAGCGCGGGUAAGGCUCGAGCAACGGACGGUGGCUCUGGCCUAUCUCCAGAUUCGAAGACUAUACAGCCAUCUUCAUCCACGUUGGGCAAGCGACAAAGAGAUUCCCCAGAUAGCAAUAUCGUUGAUGCUGAGCAGCCGCACGCGUAUAGCGAAAAGGAGCUAGGGAAGAAAGGCCUUCGGCCGACGAAGAAACGUGUUAAAUUAUCUCGAGACGAUCAAGCGACGUCCUCAUUGCAGCAUCACACCCCUGAAAGAGAAGACAUAGGUGAUAUUGAUGAGGACGGUGUGAUAAUCACCCCAGCCCCCCCUGCACCCCCAUUCACCGUCUUCAGCGGACCCGAAGAGCCUCCAGAGAUGUACAUCGACCCGCCUCUGCCUGAUACCCGACUGUCCGAUCUCUUCGUUAUUCCCUCGUCGGGAAGCACGCCCCCAUCGGGGAACGGCACAGGACCCGUGACGAGCACAGCUAAUGGUACAGAAAACACCCAACAGAGCUCCACCUUCAGCUUCAGCUUCACGAACCCUGCGUUCCAUCCUGUAACUUCAACCCCCGCCGCGCCGUACGGAAUGACCAGCCCCUCUUUCUAUGCAGAACCUCCGAUAUCGCCAACGCCAGGAGCGGCGGACCCGUCUGGUGGCUACAUCGAGCGUGCAGGAGGGCGUCGGGAACGAAACGACUUGUUCAACCCACACGGUGGUCCUCGCCGACCACGGUCAGCGGCGGGCCCGAGCCGCCCGCGCUCGCGUCAGUCCAGAACGACCACACCAGCGGUAGAGAAUGGCUGUGUCGAACCUUCUGCUCUGCUACGCACCCCUACCACCUUGUCUACCGUCCCCGAGAUGGACUCAAUGACGACCCCUCCGGCGUCGAGUAACGAGGUGGGGGUUGGACUUGGGAUGUCUGGCAUACCAGAGACACCGGCGCUUCCGAUGAAACGGACGAUGUACGGCACAGAGCUCGAGGGGGACACUCGGUUUGGCGACUUCGGUGUUGAAGGCGUCGCAACGGGGUUUUGGACCGGCACGGCGCCACGUUUUUGA